AUGUUGACCUUUGGUAGGCUGAGAAUGUACAAGAAGCAGCUCAAGACUUGGAACUACCACAAAAACGUCCGCAGACAAGAUAUUGACGCCAUGAUACAUGCCCAAAACUGUCGCGAAGGGGCGGUCGGAAAGGGGACAACUUUCUACGUCAGUGGAAAAGAGUUUAAUCUCAACAGACGACUAGGAAGCAGCCAAGUGCCGGUCACUGGGCUCGCUACGAUCGGCUCUGGCGAUGUUCACGGCAUGCUCCCAGCCUGGAUCACUUUUCGCACACCGUCCCCAGAACCCUACCCACCCCGUUUACCUGACGACCUAAAGUUGAAAGAGAUUGUACUUCAUUGGUUCGAUGAGCCAGAAGGUAAAACAAUCGUGUCGUUGAACUACCCAAUCAUCCGAACCUAUCACCAGGGGCUUCGAUACUUUUCAGAUCAGGAAUGGGAAAAGGGUGGCUUCUGGCUUCGGCUGGCAUUCCAAAGUCUCCCAGAACUGAUUUCUGCCCCAUCCCCAAUAAUUAUUUUUAAGCUGGCGUGCUUGAGCGUGUCCUACCCAGACCCUGGUGUUUAUAUUCACUUUUGGAAGUUUGUUGCUUCAUACAUGACAAUCGCACUACCCGAGGAACACUACCUGCGGCGCCUUUCAGCUGCAGCGAUGCAAUGUCUUGACAGCAUGGAUGUCGCAAACCACAUACAAUUACUGUCCGACACAAUGUCGACUGUCCUCAGCGACAAUCCUCAGCUCAUAUUUCCAGCUUCCCUGGAGCAUGCGUGGAAUGCCCCUUACCCAGGGUGCCCAGGUAAGGUGAUAAUCCGAUGUCCUGAAAAGUGCAGCUUGGAGGCACUUGUUCAGGCCAGCAUUAGAGACUCGGCGUCUUUACUAGGUAUUAUCAGACACCGCAUUUCGAUUUUGGAGGGAUGGGGUAGGAGUGGGGGCUGGUACUCCGAUGUUAUUUACCGGGCUGCGCUCGCAUUACUACGGCUCAUGGAGAACAUGGAUUACACGAGCGGGUUGUUACGGAGAAGCCAGCAUUGCUUGAUCAUUGUUGCUUUACACCACAAGGCUCGGUUCGACGCCAAUCCAAGCACAAACAAUCCACGGAUGCGACUAGCCAUCUCGUUUCUCGAACGUGCUAUCCUUCUCGAGCCUGAAUAUGAUAAUGGCAGCUUUGAUCUCCAAGAUCAAAUACAACUCCUAAAGGCAUGGUAUCAAGCGAUCGACGAUUCUGGAGGUGUUCAAAGGUGUAGGGACAUGCAGGAGCGCUACGAAAAGAAGUUAUUGGAACAAAUGGCAGAGGGGAGAACGUCUUUGUAA